UGUUAGCUGUCUGUCAUCAUGGUUAUCCUGCGCAGCAACCUCAUUCUGUUGUUGCUCGCAGUCGGAGCGAAUGCGUUGGUUCACUACCAAAAAUUUCCUGGCGAUGCUGAAGAAGAGUCCUGCGUACACCCUGAUGGUGCUAUUAAAAAGGGCGAAUACAUUCAGCACGCAGACUUUUGUGGCAUUAUAUACUGCAUGACCGCGGAUGGCGACACCCUGAUUCAUUAUUGCCAGCUGCCAGCCACGUUCAUGAAGUGCGACGAAACUGGCGUAAAAACGGAUGAAGAUUAUCCUGAUUGUUGUUGGAGAUGUGUCAAGUAUAAAAAAUGCGAAUAAACUCGCAUAUAGAUCUAUCUAUCUAUCUGUAUAUUAAGGGUAUAACAGCCAAAGCUGUAUAGCAACAUAAAUGAAUUAACAUUGGUGUGAAAAGUAGUUAAAACCCAUUGCUAAAAGCAUUCGA